CAGCUGACUGACCACGUGACUUUACGGAAGCGAGUGAGCGACAAACAAAAUGAGCGGAUCCUGAGUGUCGUCCUGCAUGAAUGAUGCGGUUAUUUUAUUUGUGCCUCGUGUUUGCUAGUGUGAUCGGGGUGUUGUUGAUCCAGGGUGCACAGGGGGCUCACUCGGAAGCGGCCCCCCCGCAGGGAGCAGCGAGCUGCGGCUGUGACAAGCUGAGGAGAGACGGCGCUCAGCAGCAUGCGGAGGAGGGUUCGGAUUCUGCAGCGCCUGCACACAAGUACUCAGAAGGCGCUAAUGGAAGGCCGCAGGGUCAGAUGGUGCUGAUUGCUGGAGGACCGUUCUGGAUGGGAACUGACGAUCCAGGCAUCCCCCCAGAUGGCGAGGGACCUCGCAGGCUGGUGCACGUUGACUCCUUCUACAUGGACACCCAAGAAGUUACUAACCAACAAUUCCAGAGCUUUGUCAACGCAACAGGGUAUAUUACUGAGGCAGAGAAGUUUGGAGACUCAUUUGUAUUCGAGGGGAUUUUGAGCGCGGGUGUGAAAAACCAAAUCACCCAAGCGGUGGCUGCUGCCCCCUGGUGGCUUCCAGUGAAGGGGGCCAACUGGAGGUGUCCCAAUGGUCCAGACUCCGACAUCACAGACAUCCCGGACCAUCCUGUUCUACACGUGUCCUGGGCAGAUGCAGGAGCCUACUGCUCCUGGGCCAACGGGAGACUUCCUACAGAGGCAGAAUGGGAGUACGCCUGCAGGGGCGGCCUAGAAGACCGACUUUACCCCUGGGGAAACAAGUUGAACCCUAAAGGACAACACUAUGCCAACCUGUGGCAGGGGGAUUUUCCCAACCACAACUCUGCAGAAGACGGAUACAUGAAAACUUCACCGGUGAGGUCCUUUCCCGCCAAUGCGUUUGGUCUGUACGACAUGGUCGGGAAUGCAUGGGAAUGGACCGCAGACUGGUGGGCUGUGCAUCACACCACAGAGAGACAACGCAACCCAACGGGUCCUCCAUCAGGCACAGACAAAGUGAAGAAGGGAGGCUCUUACAUGUGCCACAAGUCUUACUGUUACAGAUACCGAUGUGCAGCACGUAGCCAGAAUACUCCGGACAGCGCAGCCUCCAACCUUGGUUUCCGAUGUGUCGCCGAGGGGAAAACGUGACCUGAAAAGGUCCAGUCAUCUUAAACUGAGGCUUGUGGAGAAAAACAAGGACAGGAGUUUAAUAUGUGCCAUCUCACUGACGGGGAGUUGAGAAUAUCUUCUGUUCCAGCAGAUAUCCUCAGAAAUGUGAAAUUUCCUAACUUUUUAAUAAGAAUUCCAUAGAAAAAGCAGUAUUUUUCUAUACCUCCGUUCUCUUUACUCCUCUGGGUACAUUGUAAAGAGAGCACUGAAUAAGUCAGCCUCUUGUUCGGAAACACGCAAGUUGUUGUUACAAUUUGCUGCAAGAUUAUUGUUGUAUUUACAAUCACUGAUAAAUCUGGAUGCUAACCAAUUAAAUGGAUCCUAACCAAG